AUGCGUGUAUUAAUCAAUUUUAAUAUUCUCUUCAUCUUGCAUAAAUCCACAAAAUUCUUCACUAACUAUAAAAAACAAAAAUUAAUUUAUAUCACGAAAUAGUCCUUAGAAAAAAAUGAAAUAUUGAUUUCUAUUAAGCAGUACUAUUACGCCAUCAAUCUUGACAACAACUAUUUAAAGGUUUUAAUCAAAGAUUAACACUUUUAAUUAAAAGCUUAUGGCAGAAUGUUAUCAAGUUUGAGGGUUUUGAUCAAGUCCUUUCCUGAAUUAACAUUGGAACAUUUCAAAUCUAAAUAAAAUUAUCCAUUCACCUAAACAACAAACAACCGCCGACGCUAGUUUGUGAGAAGCCAUUUCUGACCCAACCUUCAGGGAUGCUUAUCGAUGAAAUAGUUUUAGUUAUGAAUUACUAAAAGUAUAAAUAUUAAUCUAAGCAUUGAUCUUUGUUACAUGAAUAACAUCCUGUUCACACUACUCAAUUAAUAUUUAUAAUUCAGAUACUCCUCAAAUUCCUCUUUAAGCUAACAUUACAAUAAAAACAGUUGUGCUUGAAUGAUCAAUUAUCU